AUGACGUACCGAUUGACGGCUGCUCGGCACUUCAGGAGGCCAGAUGUUGGGCGCGAAGUUGCAGAGAGAAGCGGAGAUGAGAUCUCCUUUGAGACUGUGUCUGACAGUCCGGAAGACGGUCGGCCCUGGUAUUGGGCAAUUGCGAAAGGAGCCGCUUUCUUCCUGGUGCCAUUUACCUUCCUGUUGGCUGUGGUGUGCGCGGGGGUAAACGUUGCGUUUGAAGCAGCUCAGGUGUUCAAACAGAACGGUUGCGGGAAGCAGGUCCUGCAAAGCCGAACGUUUCUAAUGCUCGAAUCGAUUCUGACGCUACCCUUCCGAGCGGUCUGCCGCUGGUCCCGCGCCAUUGAGAACGACGGGGUGCUGGACGACAAGUCGAGCUCACUGGAUGAAGUGCAUAUGUCCACAGACCUACAAUCAAAUGAUAUCUCCAGUCGAGGGCAGGUCUCUGUGUUAAUAAGCGACUGCUCAGACACCGAGUUCCGGACGAGGACCCGUAGACCUCGCCAAAUGGAAGCCGAGAGUGGCCAAGGGAUUACGACGACCGCAAAAGUGAAGGCAGCCCGUUCCACGCGGGCCAAGUCUGGUCAGGAAGUUGCCACCGGCAUGCCCAUGAAGUCGGUAACCACAAAAACUGAACAAGUCAUCGCGGCCGCAGGACACGACGUUCCUCCUGAGGAGACGGAAAUUCAUGAAGGCAAUGCUCAUGAGACCGUUCCUCGUGAGGCUGGGAGCCACGGAAGCAAACCCCCACAGGGCCCGACAAACGGUGCCGUUGCCAAUAGCAAUCCGGAUCCGCCACAUUCUAAAUACUCCACCGCUCUUCAGGAACAGUUGGCUAGACGCGCACGGACGCUGGACCAAGCACGUGGCAUGUUGAACAAUUGGGGAGGUUGGUGUCUACCGCGGCGGCUGGCGAGUCGUGUUGGACAGGCGAGUCGUCAGCAGCUUCAGAGGCGUCCGUCGCAGUUGGAGGAAAUGACAGUGGAGACGAUGCUGCAUCCAGAGUCGAUGGACGGGCUUCGUGCGGAACCGAUUCGUGAGCCGCACGUGCAUGAGAGCGAAGAGCCGGAGUUGAUGGGAGAGUAUCGCGGGACAAAAAUUGGGGUCAGUCGGCCAGUCAAAUCGCCGGUUGCGGUGCCCAGUAAGGCAGACAUCGGCUACACACCGGGUCCAGCCACAGACCGUUCAGAAGAAGAGCCCAUCAUUCUGGUCGAGGCGCAGCGGGAAGGUGAGUUUCCGUCAGGUCGCGCCUCCCGCUGGAGACAACGGUUCUCUUCCGAAGCUCUAGGCCGACUCGGCGAACGGCUUUGGCGCAAAAGUCCGGACAGGGCACACCCAAACGGUCAUGUCGCCUACGCGGAAGCCAUUGCCAAGAAGCACCCGCGAGCGCACUUUUCUGUCGAACCACACGCUGAACUGGACGAAGCAGAACGCGUGGCACUCAGCAAGGCCGUUACCCGAACUGACGUCACCAAAAGCUACGAACAGACCCGCUCGAAAGCACUCAAAGAGGGACCCUGUGUACCCCGCUCAAACGAACCUACCUAG